AUGAAACAGGCCGGGCUGAAAUGUAAACACUCCAAGUGUGAGAUUCCGAGGGACUCAAUAAAGUAUCUGGGUCGCCUUGUAGACAAGCACGGAGUCAGACCAGAUCCUGAAGUGGUUGAAGCAGUGCCAACACUGAAGCCACCGAAAACCGACACACAAUUGAUGAGCUUUCUCGUCUUCGCUAAUUACUACCGAGAAUUUAUCAAAGGCUAUGCCGACAAUAUAAACCCCAUGCAGCGGUUGAUGCAAAAUAAGGGCAAGAAAUUCAGCUGGACUGAGGAGGUUCAAGUCUCUUUCGAGAACAUCAAACGGGAACUUUACGAGUCUCCGGUCAUCGGCAUGCCGACCGAGAAAGGAAUCAGUAGUCGCUAUCCCGGCCAUACUCUAUGA